CCCCUUACCCACCAAGUAGAGUGCUAGUCGGACCGGCCAAAGCAAUGUAUUAGGCUAAGCAGGAACGCUACAUAGACACUUGCACAUCCUCGAGUCAAGCAGGCGAGAAAGAAAAAAAUAAGAGUUUACUUUUUUCGGCUCACAGAAUGAAAUAAGUGAGGUCAGGAGACAGGGUGGGUUAAAAAAAAUAGUGAUUUGUUAGUAACGUAGAUUGACAACCGAUAAAAACGAGUGAGAAGAGGUCAGAGCUGUCUUCAACGCCGUGACCUUUGCUGGAAAUGGCGACGCAAGAGGAAAAAACAGUUCUUUGAAAUUUGAUCUCCAGCGUCUUCCUCGUCAACCGCCUGACGUCACUCGCAGAAAUUCAUCCGUCUCUUUUAUUCCCAAUCCAUGCCACAAUCACCCUUCCGCGAGGAGGCCAUAGAGCUUGAAAACCACAACCGUCAUUCUUCUUGUAUAAUAAACACCAAUACAUGAUAGCCACAUAUUGAUAACACAUCCUGUUCAUAACAUCUGAUCAAUACUCGGCGAACGGGAACGGAACGGCACGGAACGGAAAUCAACACCUUAAUCGACUCUGAAUAUCCUCCCAUACAUAUUCAUCUGUUUCUCAUAUUCAUCUGUUUUUUUUUAAUUCGUCUGUUUCUGAUUCCUCGUCCUUCCUUGUGAAUUACUUUUUCGAUUGCACUUAAUUUUCUUUUCUUGUUUAUUUCUUCGACUUUUUUUUUUUUCGCUUAAAGUCACGCUUUAUCUACUCUUUGGUCUUUGCUUUCUCCUCUUUGCUGCUUACUCUUUUCUUCUAUUUUUUUGCUCGCUCCUUAUCGGUCCUAUUACUCUCCUCUCCAUCUCCUCAUCCCUCCUUCGAUCCCCUUCACACACCACAUAUCCUGUGAAAAGGAGAUCUGAAGUAUCUCCUUGAGGAUACUCCGAUACUCCACUAGCCUCCUCCUCCUCCUCCUCCUCCUCCUCCUCCUCCCCGUCCCUUAUCAAAGGCGCGAUUCUGAUAUUAGAUUCAUUUACCUAUUUUGUCCCUUGAAAAAAUGACCCUUGCUUAUUAACUAUUUUGAGACCCGUGCAUCGAUUGCGAACCCGCGAACCCAAUCAUCGCCCCCCCCCCCCUCCCCGCCACCAAAGGCACUUUUAUAAUCAUUGCUUUGUAGGUACUUUUCCUCCUCCCCAGCACCCUCCUCCCCCCUCUUCCCCUUGCAGGACAGUUAGCUUCCUCUGCUCAGUCCGGACGGCCGCAUCUUCUCUCCUUCACUGCUGCUGCACUGUCCACUAAGUGUUUUUUUUUUUUCGCUCUCUCUUCGAUUUCCUUAAUUGUCUCCCUCUCUCGCUCUUUUAAGCCCAUUUUCUUCUUUAGUAACGGUUCCUCUAUUGCCCUUUUAAGCUCUCCUUACAUCCCCCUCCUUUCCUUUCAACCAUCCCUCCAUCCCUUCUCCCUCACAACCACCAUCACCAACCUACCGUCCCCAUUGCCCCCCCUUUCACCCCCACCGCCAGCUCCGCCACCAUCGCCGUCAACACCACUACCACCACCACCACCGCCACCACCGCUGUCGCCACCGCCGCCGCCAUGUCUCGCUUGGCCCGAAUCCGCCUCACCUCCACCGACAGCGACUCCACCUCCCUCAGUGGCUACCGGAACUCCACCACGUCUCAGGACCUGGUGGACUCUGACGUCAUCAUGUCUCCACUUAGUCCACGGAGUCCGAAGAGCCCCUUCAGCCCGCGAAGCCCCAAGAGUCCCUUCAGCCCCAAGAGUCCCGGCAGCCCCAUUAGCCCUCGAUCUCCUCGGGGCUCCAGACCCUGCUCGCCGUCGCCGCUGGCCAGCCCGGUGCGUGGUGGGAACCUGGCUUAUCUGGCGUCACGAAGGUCGUCCAGAGAUAGCGAAACUGGGGAACUUCCGCCCUUAAGCUACGCCAGGUACAAGCAGCGACGUCGGUCCAACUUCUUAGAACUACCAACCCCGGACCACUUCCGCCCCCGCGUGUGCUCGCUGCCGGAGAAGCCGUACAACCCGAGGGACGCCGAGGAGCUCUAUCGCCUGAGGUCCUUCGCCAUCACCUCCAAGGGCGUCGUCAACCGAGGCGACUCCAUCAUCUCGAAGAGGUCGCGCUCCAACACCUCCGUCUGCUCCACGAACUCGAGGUUGUCUGCGAGCAAUUUGAGCGUUCACACCCUCUGCAGCAGUGCCUCCAAGGUACUUCUGCGCCCUGGUGUCUCCUUCCAGGUCUGUUUCCAGCUUGCAUGUGGACGAGGAUGCAUCCUGCAACAGCUUAACGAGUCUUGAAAAAAGGUAAAGCCUGCGCAUCUCUUCGUCAGUAGCACCUUUUGCACUCCUUUCUUGUGUAGUUAAUGACCAACGCCGUCGGUACAGCAGGUAGUACAGUAUUCCCGUGUGUGUCUGCUAAACUGCAAGGAGAAUAAACAUGUCUUUAAAUCAAGGAAGCUGUUAUAGAGUACUAAAAUAAGGAUUCAAAGGGACGUCUUCGUGGCAGUGUUUCAGUUUAUGCCCUCCCACAUUACCCAUUGCAACCUGGCAGCUUUGUUACGACGUUUCCCGGAGCGUGAAGAUAUUUACUCGUUAAAGAUAUUUUAUUUACUUGUUUACUUUUUUUUUUCCUUUUUUUUUCUUUUCUUUUUGCCUUAAUGAAUGUGGAAAAAAGAUUCGGGUCAAAUUUAGUCGCCUGCUUAUUUUUUUUAACAUUAUCUUCUUACCAUGUUUAUUAGAAGCAAGAAAGCGUCAGAUCUGAAAAUGCCUAUUCAUCCACCCUCCCCGUUCCCCUUUCCCCGCGUGGCCGCAAUUCCUCAUUUCCUCCAAACAGCCUCUUAACUGCUCGCCCUUCGCCCUCACCAGACCCUCAAGUCGCAGCGGAAGGAGCGGGGAGAGGUCGCCCUUCGAAGGGUCAUGCUGCGGGUCAUCCUACGUCUCCUCAGAGUCCUCCUUGGAGAUCACCAAGUA